AUGCGACAGAUACGGCGAACAGGUCGAAAAAGGGUGGGACGGGCAGAAACUGAUGAAAACACACGACACAGCGCAGAACACAAGGGCGUGGUCAGGGGCGACGAGUGCGAAGAGCGACGUAAACCGACCCGAGGAGACGGCGAGGAGCGGCAAGAAGUGGAAAUAGACGAAAAUCAGACUGUACUGGGUGGAGAUUUAGACGAACAGAGACCGGAAACAGGGACCAGGGACACACCUCUGGCAGUUGGCGCUUGGCCAAUACGAACUCUGUACAAAACUGGUCUACGAGGUGCACAUAUGAUGUUUAUUUUCUCUGCGGCGCGGAGAGGACAUGGAGAGGAGGAUAAACUUAACCGUGUUCCCAGUUCAAUUACAAACCAUGAGGCUUUCAAUGUGGAACAACUGGUAUUUUAG